AUGGACUACCUAAUCCGCUUCAUCCAGAUGCACGAGAGCUUUCGCCAGCUCGAGAUCGAAGCGUUGGCGGAGCUGCAUCAGCUUCAAUUCGAAUGGCUGUUCUAUUCCAAUGAAUCUCCCUUUGCCAUCAUUCGCUUCAUAAACACAGAAGAUCCCGAGGGAGCUGCCAAAUCCCUCAUCUCCCGCUCAAUCUUGUCACUCGCCAUCCACGAGCUAUGGGGAAUAGGCACAGACUACCCAACCCUGCACGCCGACGUCCGACACCGCACGCAACACCUCUGGCCCCAAUACCUCCACUCCACCUUCCGCUUCGAAAUCGACGCCUUCCACGGCAGCCACUCGCAAGCCUCGCAGCGCGCCAUCAUCGAAUCCUUCAGCUACACCGCCUUCCAGGGCGCAAUCCGAAUGCACAACCCCGACAACCAAUUCACCGUCUUCGAAGACUACACCCUCAACACCACUGUCCCCAAGCGCGUGUACCAUGGGCGCCGCGUCGCCGAGAGCGGGCGCAAAGCAGUCACAAAGUACAGCCUGAAGAAACGCCGCUACAUCGCCACCACCUCCAUGGACGCCGAGCUGUCGCUCGUGACCGCCAACCUCACCCUCGCGGCGCCCGGCAAGCUCGUCUACGACCCCUUCAUGGGCACCGGCUCCUUCCCGCUCGCAUGCGCGCACUUUGGCGCCAGCGUCUUCGGCAGCGACCUCGACGGCCGCAGCAUCCGCGGCAAACCCGACGGCAGGAACGUGCACGCCAAUUUCACCCAGUACGGCACCUCACCCCUCUACCUCGGCGGCUUCGUCGCAGAUCUAACCAAUACGCCCGUGAGAGCCGCCGGACGCGGCGGCGGCCGUCUUCUCGACGCCAUCAUCUGCGAUCCGCCGUACGGCGUGCGCGAAGGGCUGAAAGUGCUGGGCAGCACGCGCGCCGCGCUGCAGGAAGUCGUGUACCUCUCCGAUGGCACGCCGGCGCACCUCUCGCAGUCGUACGUGCCGCCGAAAAAGCCGUACAGCUUCGUGCGCAUGCUGGACGAUGUGUUGGCUUUUGCUGCCGGAGCGCUGGUCGAUGGGGGACGGCUGUGUAUGUGGAUGCCGGUGGCGGGGGCUACGGCGGAGGAUGAAGGAGAGGAGGAGGGCGGAGAGGAGUAUGCUGUUCCCUUGCACCCGGCUCUGGAGCUUGUGGGCGAGUGCACGCAGCAGUUUAGUAAAUGGUCUCGACGCCUGCUCACCUAUCGCCGUCUACAAGACAGUGUCAUCGAUCACGACCGAUUAUCCGCAUACCAAACGACAAGAUCUACAGCGCAAAACGGCACCGCAGAGAGCAAAGGAACAGCGGACGACUUGAACGACUUCAGACGAAAGUAUUUCCAAGGGUUCAGAGACCCGACAAUCCCGCGAAAGCAUGAGAGGCUGCCUCACACGUUCUGA